AUCUGGUCACGAUGCAGGAGAGUGGCGAGCUGCACCCGGCGCAGGUGCUCAAGAGCGGCCACGACGUGGGAUCAAGCCACUACGCGGGCGGCGUGCCGCCCCACAAGCGCAUGCGCAAGCCUAUAGUGCGCAAGAGUGUAGACCCCAACGCUACCUUCAUUAACUACAUAACCCAGCGCCGCUUUGUUCAGGCUCGCAGCGUUCGCUCGCAUGCGCUGCCGCCUCACUCGUUCUACAAGAAGCAAAUGCUGCCGCCCAUGGCCUACCCGGGGGACGACGAUCUGGCCUCGUGUGUGUGCACCAAGUUCUGCCGCUGCUCUACCAACAAGCAGCGCUGCCCCGUUAACUGCCUCACAUGGACGCCCGAAGGCCGCCGCCUCAUCACGGGCAACUCGGUGGGCGAGUUCACGCUCUGGAACGGCCUGGCUUUCAACUUCGAGACCAUCUUACAGGCCCACGACGACGCCGUGCGAGCUAUGGUGUGGUCCCACAACGAUAACUGGCUGGUCACGGCCGAUCACGGCGGUGUGAUCAAGUACUGGCAGUCCAGUAUGACCAACGUGCAGCUGUUGCAAGGACACAGAGAAGCUGUGCGCUCGCUGAGCUUCUCACCGACGGAUUUCAAGUUUGUCUCGUGCUCAGAUGAUGCAACGGUGAAGAUCUGGGACUUUGAGAGUGGUCGCGAGGAGCGCGUGCUCACAGGACACGGUUGGGACGUCAAGUGUGUGGCUUAUCAUCCGCAGAAAUGUCUGCUAGCUAGUGGUAGUAAAGACAACUUGGUGAAGAUCUGGGAUCCCAAGUCGGGAAACAGUCUAAACACGCUGCACGGACACAAGAACACGGUGUUCAAGGUGGCGUGGAACUCGAACGGUAACUGGCUGCUCACGGCCAGUCGUGACCAACUGAUCAAGAUCUACGAUAUCCGGAUGCUCAAGGAGUUUGCCACGCUCAAGGGCCAUGCGCGCGAGGUCACGUCCAUUGCGUGGCACCCGUGGUAUGAGCGUCUCUUUGUCAGUGGCUCGUACGACGGAUCACUCAUGUACUGGGAAGUCGGCAAGGAGAACGCGCUGGCGUCCAUUCCACAGGCCCACGACACUGCCGUGUGGGACAUUCAAUGGCAUCCUGUCGGUCAUGUUGUCGCGACUGGAAGUAACGAUCACAGCACGAAGUUUUGGUGUCGCAAUCGACCGGGAGAUCCGAUGGACGACAAGUACAACGGCGGACAGACUGUGCUCAAUGAGCACGAGACUGGCGAGGCAGUGGUGCACAUGCGUGCAGCCACAGAUGGUGCUGAAGUAUUGCCUGGAAUGGCGGACGGUGCCGCCAGCCUUCGUUCAAGCGCGAUCAAUGCAGCCAACUUCCAAACAUUUAACAAGUCAGCCACAGACAACCGCGGGAAUGGCGGUCGUCGUCCACCGCCCGACUCGUACACGUGCAAUCGUUGCGGAACCAAGGGCCAUUGGAUCGAGGACUGCCCCACUAAAGACCAGCAUAACCCCAGCGGCCAGAUGCAGCGCAAGAUCCCGCCUGAAGGGUAUUUGUGCAAGCGCUGCAACAUUCCUGGCCACUACAUCUCCGACUGUACCGAGCCUAAGGUGCCGCCUCCGUCGUAUACUUGCCACAAGUGCCGUCAAAAGGGUCACUGGAAGCAGGACUGUCCAAUGGAUGGGAACGGCGCUAUCAAUGCGUUGCUUAACCAGAUUCGUCCUCAAGGCACUCCCGUAGUUAACACUGCAGUUCCGAUGAGCACUGGUGGGGUGGGUCCUGUUCCUCCUCCUCCGCUAUCAGCUCGAGGAUUCCCUCCAAGAGGGAUGAUGCCCCCUCCACCGCCUGCUGGAGGUGCUGGACUGUUGGUGCCUCCGCCGCCUCCACCGCAUAUUCUUGCUGGCAUGAAACGUGCUCGGGAUGACGAUGUCGGUGCUGGUAUGCCACCGCCGCCCAUGAACGGCUGGCCGCCUAUGGCAGGCGGUCCGCCACCUCCUGGACUCGUGCCUGGUCAACCCGAUCUUAAGAAACUGAGUCGAGAUCCGCGACGGAGGUAGAGAUGCACUGGAGACCUUAUUGUUGGACAGCUAAGAGACGAUUGAUCGUCAUUUUGACGAGUUCGGAGAGGAGAAAACGAGUGAUAGUACUUAGUAGCGAGCCGAAAAUGAAUUGAAAGUGCUGGACACUGCCACGUUCUUCAUUUUACUGUUUGUUGAGCUUACUUAACUACCAC